AUCACCUCGUAUCCAAAGAUCACAAACUUAUUGAUAUCAUUAAGUGAUAGGGAGAGAAGAUGGAGCCAGGUGGUUGUGAAGAAAUGCACGAGAUAGUCAUAGUGGGUGGUGGCCUUUGUGGCCUUGCUACGGCCCUUGCUUUGCACAAGAAAGGGCUAAAGAGUGUUGUGUUAGAGAAAUCAGAAACGCUAAGAGCAGCAGGAGCAGCAAUAGGUGUAUUGCCUAAUGGAUGGAGGGCAUUGGAUCAGCUUGGUGUUGGUUCUCACCUAAGAUCUACUUCUCUACCUCUUCAAGGGACUCGAAUGACAUGGAUCGACGAGGGCAAAGAACAAUACACACAUAACAAGAACAUUGGGGAGGUUCGCUGUCUGAAAAGGAGCGAUAUAGUCGAAACAUUUGCUGAUGCUUUGCCUCCGAAGACAAUACGUUUUGGAUGUGAAAUUGCGUCAGUGGAAAUGGAUCCUCUCACUUCAUUACCAUGCAUUGUACUAUCUAAUGGAAAGCGUAUUGGUGCCAAGAUUUUGAUCGGGUGUGAUGGAUCGAGGUCAGUAGUGUCAAGUUUCCUUGGGGUAAAGCCUACCAAAACUUUUCGUAUCUCUGCAAUCAGGGGUUUAACGAGUUAUCCAAAUGGUCACUCAUUUCCUCUCGAAUUUGUCCGCCUCAUAAGUGGUCAAACUAAAUUUGGAAGAUUACCGAUCAAUGAUAAGUUGGUCCAUUGGUUUAUUAAUGUUCAUCACGGAACAGAUUCCAAAUUUCCACAAGAGCCAGAGCUUAUCAAACAAAGAGCCCUGGAGGCAACAAGUGAUCAUCCAAAAGAUGUACAAGAAAUAAUAGAGGGAUGUGACCUGGAUUCUCUAUCUUUCACUCACUUGAGAUAUCACAAACCAUGGGACUUGAUGCUUGGAAAUUUUCGCGAAAAGACAGUAACGGUUGCUGGAGAUGCAAUGCAUGUGAUGGGUCCAUUUCUUGGCCAGGGAGGUUCGGCAGGAAUAGAAGAUGCAGUGGUUCUUGCAAGAAACUUGGCAAAGACAUUAAAGGGAGGUUUUGAUCAUGAAAAAGUUGGAGAGGCACUGGAUCAGUAUAUAAAAGAGAGGAGAAUGAGGGUGGUAAAACUGGCAACACAAGCUUAUCUUACUGCCCUUCUUAUUGAGAAUAGACCAAUACUGACAAAAUUUAUUGUCAUAGCUGUGAUGGCCCUUUUCUUCAAAAACCCAAAUGCUCAUGUGGAAUAUGACUGUGGUCACCUUUGAAUGCCAAAAUCUCAUUACUUCAACACAUCCAGGAUCUACUAAUAUGUAUCCAUAUAUCCAUCAUCAAUUUGUUGAUGUAUAAAUAAACAUCAUGUGUUUUGUAAUUAUAUUUCAAAAAUUUCUCCUCUUUUCCAAUCCAUUUAAUAUUGCAUCUCCACAAAUAUGAUGAAGCAAUACAGAUAUGUAGGGCUGGUUAACAUUAUUGAGCAUCAAUUUUGUAA